AUGAUUCCGGAUGUGCGAGGGCAGAGCUGGGCCCUGCUUGCUGCAUCCUUUCUCACUGGUCCUUGCAAGGAUGUAGAAUAUGUGAAUUCUGAAUAUGGAAAGAAUGCUGUGAGACUACUGUACAUUAGAAGAGAAGGCAAGACGCACUCCAUUAAAGAACUGGAAAUCUCUGUCCAUAUAAGACUGAACAGUGUGAAUGAAUACUUGCAUGCUGACAAUUCCUGUGUCAUCCCAACGGACACCAUAAAGAAUACAAUUCAAGCUUUGGCCAAAUGCCGAGGGAUAAGAACAAUAGAGGAAUUUGGCCUUAAUAUCUGUGAACACUUCAUUACAUCAUUUAACCAUGUGGUAUAUUGCAAUGCCUUUAUCCAAGAAGUUCCAUGGCAGCGCCUAGAAAAGGAUGGUAUUCCCCAUGUUCAUGCUUUUCUCUAUAGCUCUGAAGGAGUUCGAUUUUGUGAAGUGGAACGGACUGCAGAGAGUGCUCCAAUUGUUUUUUCUGGCAUAAAGGAUCUAAAACUGAUGAAAACCACCCAGUCUGGAUUUCAAGGCUUCUUCAAAGAUAAAUAUACCACACUCCCAGAAAGGGGAGAUCGGGUGCUCUCAGUAGAAACAUUGGUCAAGUGGUGUUAUAAUGAUUGUUCAAAAGACCUAGACUACGACUGCAUAUGGAGAACUGCCCAUACAUGUGUCCUUGAUGCCUUUGCUGGACCGCCUGAAACAGGCCAUUACUCACCGUCUUAUCAGAAAACGGUCAACUGUAUUCAGAUAAGCCUAUUCGAAGGAGUUCCACAGAUUGAGGAGGUGGAAGUGAUCUUGUCCAACAUCCACUAUACAGCAGUGGAUCUAAGCAAACUGGGAUUGUGCAAUGACAAUGAGAUCCUGACACCUCAGGAUACACCCUUUGGUGCGUGUGCAUCUACGCUGCGUAGGAAGAAGUGUGAAGGAGCACAGUCUCAAGCUCCUGGUGCCAAGCUAGAAUGCAAACCUUCAUACCGUGUUGGAUGGAAGUCUGGCCGUUGGGUGAAGUAA